GCUACCUCCUUUGAAUGUCCCGAAAAUGAGAAAUAUAGCUUUUGUAAUGCUCAUUGUCAAAGUAAUUGCACAACGCUGAUGAAUCCAGUUCCUUGUUCUGAUGAAUGCAUCUCGGGUUGCGUUUGUAAUGAAGAUUAUGUUAGAGAUCGUAACGGAGAAUGCAUUCCUAUAGAGCAGUGCAUAUUAUUAGAAGACAACCUAACAGAAGAAGAAGAAGAAGAUGAAGAUUUCUGCCCACCGAAGGAAUUUUUCAGUUCAUGCCUUGCUCACUGCCAAAGGAAUUGCAGCAAUUGGAGUGAUCCCUCAGUGGUAUGUUUAAAAAUAUGUGUACCUGGAUGUAUUUGCGAUAAUGGUCUGGUUAGAGGACCUUAUGGAAAUUGCAUACAACCUCGCAAGUGUCCAACACGCCAUACCUUGCAAAGUGUCUCAGGUACUAUACCCAUGGAUUGCCCAGUUGAUGAACAUUUUGAAGAAUGUAAAGCUCAUUGCCAAAAGAAUUGCUCUAAUUGGGACCAAGAAAUGGAAUGCUCACGAAUGUGCGUCUCUGGGUGUGUUUGUGAUGAAGGCUUUGUUCGUGGUCCAUAUGGAAAGUGUGUCUUAACAGAAAAAUGCUCUUCAUUGAGUCAAAAGCCUAAAAACAACUUCAAAA